AGGGCUCCAGUCACUUCCUUAUGAUGUCAGUGCUGUGUGUCUCCACCACUCUCACAUGUUAGAGGGCACUCAGUGAGCCCAGGUACUGUACCAGCAGUCAUGCUGCAGCCAGUCAGAGCGGUGCUGCACAGGGGUAUAAGAAGCUGCAGCCGGGGACUCUCUCUCUCAGCACAGUCCUAUAGCAGUGGGAAAAAGGGACUUGUCUUGGGUGUGUAUGAGAAAAGUAAGGAGGAAGACAACCUGGUUCUUACCAAUGCAGGAGACACAUUUGAUAAUGUUGUUUCUGGGAAACUACGAGAUUUGUUGACCAGGUCUGGACCUUCACUCAAAAAAGGCAAGACACGAACAUUUUAUGGUUUACAUGAGGCAUUUCCCAGCGUUGUGGUGGUGGGGCUGGGGAAACAGUCAGCUGGCGUUAAUCAUCAGGAGCUUUGGAAUGAAAGCAAGGAGAAUAUUAGAGCUGCAGUGUCAGCUGGCUGUAGGCAAAUGCAGGAUAUGGAGGUGGAACAGGUUGAAGUGGAUCCUUGCGGAGAUGCGCAGUCAGCAGCAGAGGGCGCUGUUCUAGGGCUAUUUCAAUAUGAUGAGCUUAAGGAAAAAAAGAAGAAAAUAGUCUUUACACAACUGUAUGGAAGCCAAGACAAAGAGGCCUGGAACAGAGGAGUUUUGUACGCCGAGGGCCAGAACCUUGCCAGAUACCUGAUGGAAUCCCCAGCAAACUAUAUAACCCCUACAAAAUUUGCUGAAAUCCUUGAGCAGAAGUUGGGAAAUCUGAGAAAUGUUAAAGUGUUCGCAAGAUCAAAGCCCUGGAUAGAAGAGCAACGGAUGGGAGCGUUUUUAAGUGUGGCCAAAGGAUCAGAUGAACCCCCAGUCUUCCUCGAAAUUCAUUACACCGGCAAUCCUGACCCUAAUGCGUCUCCCCUUGUAUUUGUUGGGAAAGGAGUGACUUUUGACAGUGGUGGAAUUUCGCUGAAGCCGUCAUCCGGAAUGGAUGCAAUGAGAGCAGAUAUGGGCGGAGCCGCUACAAUCUGUUCCACCAUUUUAACUGCUGCAACCCUCAGAUUACCCAUUAAUCUCAUAGGUCUAGCCCCACUGUGUGAGAACAUGCCGAAUGGAAGAGCUAACAAACCCGGGGAUGUUGUGAGGGCCAGGAAUGGCAAGACCAUUCAGGUAGAUAACACUGAUGCUGAAGGAAGACUGCUAUUGGCUGAUGCACUUUGCUAUGCGCACAAUUUCAAUGCAAGAGCUGUAGUAAACGCAGCAACUCUAACCGGUGCCAUGGAUGUAGCCCUGGGAUCUGCAGCCACCGGGGUGUUCACCAACUCUACCUGGCUCUGGACUCAUCUUCAUGAGGCCAGCAUUGUGACUGGGGACCGUGUCUGGAGAAUGCCUCUCUUUGAGCACUACAGUAAACAAGUGACGGAGUCAGACCUCGCAGACCUUAAUAAUGUGGGGAAAUAUAGCAGAUCUGCCGGUGCGUGCACAGCUGCCGCCUUCCUGAAGGAGUUUGUCACCGUGCCACACUGGGCGCACCUGGACAUAGCUGGGGUCAUGUCAAACAAGGAUGAGGUUCCUUACCUGCGUAAAGGCAUGGCAGGGCGACCCACAAGGACUUUGAUAGAGUUUGCAGAUCGUCUAAGUAAAGACAAGAAACCCUCCUAACUGUAUCAUGCAUCUUUUGCUACAGGACCUGCCUGGAAAGUGUUUUUGCUGUAAUGGACUAAAUUUAUACAAAGAAACAAAAUUGCUUUGUAGUCAACAUUAUUUUUUUACUAAUACAGAAUGCUACAGUAAAUCCUCAAAUGGCUAUAGCAUAUCAUUGGCCUUCAUCGGUAUUGCUUCUGCUUUCAUAUUCAUACAAAGCUUAUUGUUAUGUCGAACACCGGGAUGACAACAUAUUGGUAACCUGUCACUAAAUUAAAAAAUAAAGUUGAGUGAAAAAGAAAUAAAGCCACACAAGAUAACACUGUA